AUUGGAACUUCCGACAUAUCCAGCAUGGCGGCAAGUUGCGAGUACAAACUACAACUUGAAAACUUGGCUUUCUAAGUUUCUCUUUUGUACGUCAUCUUGAGCGCGCAUUUGUGCAGCAAAAGCUGCCGGCUGCGAAUAGUUCUUGCUGAUGUGCGCUUCUAACGACGUCGCCGCCACCCUGCUUGUGCUCCUGCUCCCUCUUUCCAUCAUGAGGCGUUGAUCCAACUGCAAUGCCGCGGUUUCAGCAGUCCGCUGGGCGCGCAGGCCGCACUAGCACCGAUGGGGCUGCCAUCGGGGCGGGAAUCAGUCCCAACGAUCAAGUGUACUUCGAGAGCUAUGCCAACACGGGCAUUCACGAGGAGAUGAUCAAGGACCGUUCCCGCAUGGACACCUACCAGCAGGCGAUCAUGCGCAAUGCUGCUUACAUCAGCGGCUGCGCGGUUCUUGACGUCGGAUGUGGCACUGGGAUCCUGUCCAUCUUUUGCGCGCGCGCGGGGGCGCGCAAGGUGUACGCAGUGGACGCCAGCGGGAUUGCGGAGCACGCAGAGCGCAUCGUGGCCGACAACGGUUUUGCUGACGUCAUCACUGUGAUACGUGGAAAGAUGGAGGAAGUGGAGCUUCCUGAGAAGGUUAAUGUCAUUGUCUCAGAGUGGAUGGGUUACGUACUCCUCUACGAGUCCAUGCUCGACAGCGUCAUCUACGCGCGUGACCGGUGGCUUAACCCGGGCGGGCUAAUGUUGCCCUCGGUGGCAACACUGUACAUAAACCCAGUUAGUGACCCUGAGCUGUACGAAAACAGCAUCGACUUUUGGCAAGAUGUGUACGGGAUCAACAUGACGUCACUGAUCCCGUCAGCGAAGAAGUCGGUCCUCUCAGAGCCUGCGGUGGGGCUAGUGUCGGUAGAGAACGUGCUGUCGUGGCCGGCGGUCAUCAAGCGGAUUGACUGCACGAGCGCGACCAAGGAUGACGUCAGCAGGGUGGAGGCGGCGUUCAAAGUGACGUCAAUGAUGAUGGCGGAACUGCACGGGUUCGUUUUGUGGUUCGAUGUCAAUUUUCCGAUCAGGAGCGAAGGCAGUGCAGAUGUAAAUAUGGUAGCGUCAGCUAAGCAAGGACAGGUAGAAAUUGAGACAGGUACUAGGUCACAAGAUACGGGAACGCUCCAAGGUCAAAACGGGUCAGGUAAAAGCGACGGAAUGCUCACGUUGUCCACAGGCCCGGAAAAGCAGCCUACACAUUGGCAACAAACUAUCUUGUACAUAGACGAGCCAGUUCGUGUUGACCAGGAUGACGUGAUCGAAGGCAAGGUACAGCUAAGUCGAAACGCAGAGAACGAACGGUUUAUAGACGUGGCCUUGGAUUUUCGGACAGGAAAGGUACAGGGAACGAAGAAGUUCAAGAUGGUAUAAACGUCAAUAUUGUUGCUUCAUUUCGAAAUUGGCAACGAAAACAGAUCUCAUACAUUCAGAUUCGAGUUGUUUCUGGGGCCUCGUACGUGACCUUAAAGGCGGUGUUUCAUCCAUAUUCGCGUGAGCUGCUUGGGAGCGCUUGAAUUGCC